GUGCGCGCACCCGCGGUCAAGUGUAUCGACACACACACACACACACACACACACGGAGUGAAGAUGGCGUUGAGAGCAGCGCUGCGGUGCCUCUCUGCAAACUUUCCCCCCGGAUUGCCUCAGCUCUCGCCAGCAGCGCAGGUUUCAGCGACUCGGCUGCUGUGGAGGAGCGACUCUCCGCGGACACUGAGCACGCCCGCGGCCCUGUCCACAGCCCUAAAGCUCACAGAUAAGCAUGAGUGGGUGAAAGUGGAGGGUGGAAUUGGCACAGUUGGUAUCAGCAAUUAUGCUCAGGAAGCAUUAGGUGAUGUGGUAUACUGUGGACUCCCUGAAGUUGGCCAAAGACUUGAACAAAUGGAGGAGUUUGGUGCCUUGGAAAGCGUAAAGGCUGCCAGUGAGCUCUACUCACCAAUCACAGGAGAAGUGACUGAAAUCAACACAGAGCUGGCAGAGAAUCCUGGACUUGUGAAUAAAGCCUGCUAUGCAGAAGGGUGGCUAAUCAAGAUGACGAUUGAAAAGCCUGAAGAACUCGAUAGCCUCAUGGAUCAAGCUGCGUAUGAUAAAUUUAUUAAGUCACUUGACGAAUAAAUCGAUACACUCACUGUGCUGUUUUAUAAUGUAAUUGCAAUCAAAGAUUAGUAGGCAGGGUUACUAACAUGUUUUGUGACACUUUUCCUUAUCUGUGGUAUUUAUUUUGAUACUGGAAUUGUGCUAUCAAAAUAAUUUUAAAUCCUCAGUAACAUCUUCCACUUAGAAGGUUAGGAUUUGUUUAGCUACUAGCCAACCUUAAGGGCUCUUAAUCACAAGAUCUGUAAGUAUUAUUGGGUAUUGUUUCUGUUGCUUUAUUCCAUUUUUAAAUGUGCACAGAUGUAGUAAAGGCUGGAAAGUGAUUGUAAGUGUUGUGUCAAAAAUAAAAUGUGGUCCUUACGUUUGAAUAAAAUUGA